UAGCGCUGAUGUAAUCUAGAAGCCUCGUUGUGCGGGUGGGAGAAGAAGAAGAGGUGGAGCGAGCUUCAUCUUCAUCAUCCAUCUUCUUCUGUGAGAAAAACAUCCUCCAUCUGAUUAAACCAGACACACAGAGAAGAGAGAGCAUCAUGGGAGCCGUGCUGGGCCUCUGCUCCAUGGCGAGCUGGGUGAGUCAGCUUUUUAAAACACGGUUAUUUUCGUGAAUAAAACUGUUUCUGUUUUUAUUAUCGCGGUCAUGACUGCGCAAUAACACAACGGCAGACACACACACAGGCCGUCUGUGGCGCAGACACAAACAACAGCUAACAUAGCUCGAUAGCUCUGAUACCUUCGAUGUAUUUAAACGCUAAAUGAUUUAAUGUAGACGGAUAGUUUGUGAAUAUUAGAGCUAAAUUACGCUUAUCUUUGUGGUGACAUGCUAACUAACCAUAUUUAACCAGUUUGAACCAGACAGCUGACUAAUUUAGCCAUAAAGUGACGUAAUGUAUCGAUAGGUGGAGUGUUAGAGAUGAGUGUGUGUGUAUGUAUGUGUUUGUAUAUAUGUAUGUGUGCAUGCAGGGUUUCUUUAAUUCACGCGUGUUUGUGACCGUUGUAGACAUGAUGUAAACAUAGCAGGGAUCUGUCGCAACACCGCAGAGUGUAAACAGAGUCAGAUAUCACACACACACUUUCAGUCACACACAAAACACAUUUUACUGUCGAAGGGUCAGUUAAUAUGAAAAACACAGAAAGGUGGUGUAAAAGGUGUGUAUGGUGGGUAGGCAUGGGCGAUGUAUCUUGUCAUAUCGUCCGAUCACGAUUAUAUCGAGAUCGGACGAUAUCGGAACACUUCAUCAACAUAAAAAUUAAAUAACAAAGCAAGUUGAAUAAGAAAUACUUAAGAAAUAUAUUUAAAAACUUCAACAGUACAACAAAUGUAGAUGAAUACCAAAUAAUACAGUGAACUAGUUUACAGUCCUGAGUGUUUUUGCAGGUAUGCAAGACCCAAAAUAAAAAAAUGGCCCCCUCAGGAACUAUAUAGAGGCCUUAAAAUGUGAACAUUAGAUGAUGUAAACAUAAAUGAUUCGAUUGAUCGCUGCUUUGGUCUGGUGGCUGCACCACUUCCUAUAGCUAAACUGUUAAUGCUCCUUGUGCCGUCAGCAGUGUCAGGCUGUACAGACUCCGCUCGCAUUUUCAUGCUUUCAAAUCACUCGGGGAGUACUUCUUCAUAUGAUUAAACAGAUCUGUUGUGUUGCUGGUUUUUAAGGGCACUGUCCGCCGACAUACCUUGCACAUCGGCUUAAUUGCUCGACGUCACUUUGGAGAUACCCGAAACCACCACCACACAACCGAUGUUGAAUAACUUUUCUUCUCAACAAUGACAUCUUAGGAGGAUGACUCAAAGUCAUGGCUGACAUCUAUUUUGCUGCCCUCGGCUCCGCGUUUAGCUCCACGUUCGGUCAUUCUGUUCUCCUGUUUACUUCUCAGGCAACUUACAGAAGUUAGCAGGAAAAGCUCGACUCUGAUUGGCUAGUGUGACGCACAUUUCCGCUAUGUUUGAUUGAGUAAAUAUGCUCAAAGCUGAUCACCGUGAUUAAACUGAAAAUUUAUCAGGAUCAUAUAAUCGUCCAGUCCUAAUGGUGGGUAUAUUGUGUGUUUAUGGUAUUAGACAUUGAACCUGUUUUGUGUUGGUCUAGAUCCCCUGCCUGUGCGGCAGCGCCCCCUGCCUGCUGUGCAGAUGCUGCCCUAGCGGAAAUAACUCCACAGUGACCCGUCUGAUCUACGCCUUCUUCCUGCUGCUGGGAGUGGGCAUCGCCUGCAUCAUGCUGAUGCCCGGCAUGGAGGGACAGCUCAAGAAGGUAACCUGAGAUCUGCAUUCAAUCUGGGGUUUAUUAAGAGCUCAUACAGCUGAACAAAAACCUGCUUUGUAAAACACAUAAAUACUGUUAUGAUAACAUGGAAUUAUACUUAAAAUUUUGGAAGAGUAUACAAAACAAAAUAUACAGAUAUAGAUCAGUUAUUGUGGAUGUUACAGCUUUUCAUUAAAGGGGUAGUUCACUGUUUUUGAAGUAAGGUUACUUUUCAGUAUGAAGUGUAUUUUCCCUUGUAGAAUCGGGUCAAUACAGCUCCUAGAACAAACAGGGGUGGCAGACUACCAACAGGGUCAAUUUUACCACAUAAUUUCGCUCAUUUCAGAAAGUCCAUCUCAAACAGUAAUGUGAGUGGAGUGUACAGACUCCCGCUUUGCCUCAGGCUGUCUUUAAAUGAGCUUAAUUGCUGAGCAUAACUGACCUUACUGUAACGGUCGAUUGCCCAGCUUCUGUGCAGAUUCCAGUCAGUUUCUUAACAUUGGGGUCAAGCUGACCAGGAUCCUCCUGUUUCUAAGUACCUCAGAUAACCCCACUUCAUUAGAAAACAAACAAACUCUCAAAGCAACCGUCAGCUGAGCUCUGAGCACCUGUGUGAGAGUUAUUCUGGUCUCUCAUGUUUAGAUUGUGUAAUGUCUCAGGCUCUUUUUACUCUUGGUGUCAACAUGCAUCCUGGGUAAUCUGAUCACAAGUGAGAGCCUUAAGUCUCUCCAUGACUACUUGACUUUAUUUACACUGUGUGUUUACAGACAAAAACACCUUUUAAUACAUGUAAAUAUAAACAUUUUGUGUUCAGACUGAGAUAAAUGUGCACUCUAAAUGUCUGUUGAGGACUUCUGUGGCAUUAAAGGCAGUUUAAAAAUUGGAAUUUCCCCUUGUGGGACUAAUAAAAGAAUUAAAGGAAUAUCUCAUCUUAAACUCUGAGAUGAGGGUUAAGUACAAGAUCAGAGAAAACCCCAGCUAUUAAAAAUGAGUUGACCAGAUUACAGAUAUGAGAUCAAAUUAAAUCUUGAAACAGGCAGAUGAAAAAGAUUAGAUUCGACCAGGUUGACAUUUGAGAGGGAUUGGACUAACUUCAAACCGCAGCCUGUCUGCUCUCUGAUCUGGUCUGUUUAAUCUCUGUCUGUGUGUUUGCUUGUAGAUCCCCGGUUUCUGUGAGGGGGGCGCGGGGACCUCGUUACCAGGUGUGGAGGGUCACGUGAACUGUGAUGUGCUGGUCGGGUACAAAGCUGUGUACCGUGUCUGCUUCGGCAUGGCCAUGUUCUUCCUCCUCUUCUCUCUGCUUAUGAUCAAAGUGAAGAGCAGCCAGGACCCCCGCGCUGCUCUGCAUAACGGGUCAGAUCACGCACACCUGUCACAUCCUUUUGACAUACACCUGUCUGUACAGCAGCUCAUCUAUAAACAAAUAUCUAUGAUUUCUGUUUGUGUUCAGGUUCUGGUUCUUUAAGUUUGCUGCGGCUGCUGCCAUCACCAUCGGAUCCUUUUUCAUCGCAGAUGGAGCGUUCACCACAGGUAAGUCUUUCUCACUGUAUCUAAACUGGACCUUGUAUUAUCUGUGUGAAGAUUCAGGGAUGCAUUAACCCCCCUUUUUCUGCUCCUCAGUGUGGUUCUAUGUGGGCAUGGCCGGGGCGUUCUGUUUCAUCCUCAUCCAGCUGGUCCUUCUCGUUGACUUUGCCCACUCCUGGAAUGAGUCCUGGGUGGAGAAGAUGGAGGAGGGAAACUCUCGCUGCUGGUAUGCAGGUAUGCUGGUGGAUUUUUGUCUUUCAAAAACUUUUAAAACCUCAAUGUGUUUGACUGACAGUUGCCAUGGAGCCAACAGAGGCCUAGAGUAGAAACACAUGGAGGAAUAUAUAUUAACUUCUACUUUAGCCUUGAAUAUCAUUGAGGUGUCUCUUAUUUGUGGUGAUGUCAAGAUAUGAUUUAAAAAUUAACUCAAAAAUAUCCAAAAAGAUAAAUGCUCAGUGAAAAUAUCAUAGGGCAUGCUUAAAGUGUCCUUUUGUAUUAUCAUAAUUACAAGUGUGUGUUUUGUGUGUCCUCAGCCCUGCUGUCCGUCACUGCUCUGAACUACGUGCUGUCUCUGGUCUCUCUGGUGCUCUUCUAUGUUUACUACACACACUCCGACAGCUGCACCGAGAACAAAGUCUUCAUCAGCAUCAACAUGCUGCUCUGUAUCGGUGCCUCUGUCAUGUCCAUAAUGCCCCAGAUCCAGGUACACAACACUUCUGCCCACACACACAUUUGCGAACACGUUCAUCCCUUAUGUCAAUAAUAUUAUGAGUAAAGAGCUCUUAGCUGGUCAUUAGUUCUUCUACCUGCUAGUUUUUGUCUUCCAUAUAUGUGAUCAAACCUCGUCUUCUGUCUCCAUUCUGCAGGAGUCUCAGCCUCGCUCUGGUCUGCUGCAGUCCUCCCUGGUCACUCUGUACACCAUGUACCUCACCUGGUCUGCCAUGACCAAUGAACCAGGUGAGAUUAGGUUUUUUUUUAAGUCUUCAUUUCAACAUAAAAAAUAAAUAGUUCAUAAGUUUAUAACAUCACAUAAAGAAUCUCUGUUUUCCAGUUGUUGUUUCCUCUUACUGGAGUUUUUUUAUUUUUUAUUUUAUAUUCUCAUAGUAAACAUGAAUGCAUCGGUCUGCAGGGUCACCUGACCAGAAAUGCAAUCUGACUUUAAUUGGUUUGAUUUAUGUUACCCUGAAAACAAAAAUCAAUUAUUAAGCCGCUUAGUACAACCUCAGUGCACCCUGCAGUUUACGUAGUGUCCUGAACGUGCAUCGCUUAUCUACCAAAUGUGGUCAAACACUCUCGAGCAGACCUUAAAGAUCUCUCUGUGUGGAUUUUAAGGCAUUUCUUGUAUUUCUUGUCUGUAUUUUCUCUGCAGUCUCUGUCUAUCACAUGCAAGUGUGUGAAAAAAAAGAUUUUGCACAUCCAGUGUUUUUAUGUUCUCCAAGGGGGUUCCUCUAGUCCCUGUUUCCAAGAUCAUAAACUAUCAGUAUCAUAGAUUUACAAGUAGCUAUUCCCAUGCUUACAGCUGCUAAAAGCACAUGAUCAUCAUAAGAGGCAGAAAACUGGAUUAAACCGGAAUCUAAAUGAGUACAAAUGAAAUGAUAAAAACUAAAAAUUAUCCAGUCAUGCAGUUUCUCUUAAUCAAUAAUCUAAACUUUUUCGCUCUUUCUUUCUCUCUUCCAGACAGGAAGUGUAACCCGAGCCUGCUGGGGAUCAUCGGGCUGAACAGCACCUCUCCCGCAGGUCAGGACCAUGUGGUCCAGUGGUGGGAUGCUCAGGGGAUUGUGGGGUUGAUCCUCUUCCUCAUGUGUGUCCUCUACUCCAGGUGAGCAGAGAUCAGGAGGCUGGUUCAUCUCUGUCUGAUGGUACUGUCUUCUUCGUGUUCCUCAUGAUCUCUCUGCUUUCUCUCUCUUUCAGUAUUCGUAACUCCUCCAACGCCCAGGUGAACAAGCUGACGCUGACCAGCGAUGAGUCCGCUCUGAUCGAGGACGGGCCUCAAUCAGACGGUUUUGAGGAGGAGGGGGGCGUGAGCCGCGCUGUGGACAACGAGAAGGACGGAGUGACGUACUCAUACUCCUUCUUCCACUUCAUGCUGUUUCUGGCCUCGCUUUACAUCAUGAUGACGCUCACCAACUGGUACAGGUAGGAGACACGAACACAGUAGUAAAACAACAGGGUUCCCUCAGUGUUAGUAGAGGAAAGCCAUGGGGGUUGCUGUCAAGUCAGUCAGUACGUUUUCAUGACACUCGAGAAAACCAAAUUAUUGCCUAAAGGUCCUUACACACCAGGAACAACGCAAAUAUACGACGUGAAAUUACGAAAUAUUCAGAGGCAAAUUUUGAGGCGCCUGACUAUACACAUCAAGCCCGAUGCAAUUGUGCGACUUUCCAUGGAGAGAAAAAAAGACGUGUCCUGUUUGAAUAAAUAUUGACGUCCAAAAUAAUUGCACGAAAAAAUGGUCCCGAUGUGAAAGGACCUUUUUCCGAUUAAGACCGGACAACUGGAGUGCAUGUAAACACCUUUGUCGGACUAUAAUCGGAGUCCGAGAACCCGGAUUAAGACACCCAGAUAAUGCAAUUGGAAUUCAAUUUUCUCUACCAUGGAACCAGCAUAAUCGGAGUGUGAUUGGACAAUGCAUGUGCCCGUGCACCACGCCCCUGUAGCCCCGGAACAAAAACACCAGAGAAGAGGAGUAGCGUGCACCUCAUCUGCAGAAAAAGUAGCGCGUACAUCAUGUACGACAAAAGCAACUCUGUACUAAUGCUCCAUCGAAAAUACCCAGCAGCAGUUGUAGCCACUUCUGAUGUCUGGCACAGACCUGCUGUUGUUGUUGACUGUUGUACGGGGUCGGAAACAGCGCCGCUGAUAAGACGAGUUUUGGGGAGGAGGACAUGUUCACGUCAAUAAUUCAAUUUUCUCAGCUGCAUGUAUACGCGGACAAGGAGAGAAGUCGGAUUCUGCGAAAAUUUGAAUUAUGAGCUUAGUUCAAUUAAACUGUGCAUGUAAUGAAAAUGCAGAAAUGCAGAGUGUCACAGAAAUAUAGAGUGCUCAUGAGGGCUUAGGCACCUUUGGCAAAAUCAACAGCAUAAGUCGAGCUGUCAUUCAUCCUGGCAGUGUGUGUAUGUAAUAGCUGAUGUGUGUAUUGUCUCUCUCUCUCUAGCCCUGACUCAAACUAUGAGGUGAUGACCAGCCGUUGGCCGUCUGUGUGGGUGAAGAUCUCUUCCAGCUGGAUCUGUAUCGCCCUCUACGUGUGGACUCUGGUGGCACCGCUGGUCCUCGUCAACAGAGACUUCGACUAAGCGUGUUACACGAGACUCCCUGUUGUGCUGUGACCCCGCCCUCAAAGCUCUGACUCCGCCUCCUCUUGCUCAUAUCCCUCUCCUUAAACCCCGUCCUUCCUCCUGAGCUACUACCCCUGCACCCUCAUCCUAUACUGAUCUCCCCCCACUCAUGCUCUGACCCUUCCUCUUCCAUCAGCUGUUUCCAUGGUAACACACAGUCCUCAUUGUAAAUAUGUGCAGCGUGUGUCAUUUCCUCCUGCAUGCUUUCUUUAUCUUUCUGUGACUCGAACAGUAGCUGUUUGUGGAGCGCAGCGCCCCCUGUGGUCAGCAUCAGUAUUACAUAAAACACUGUAACAUGUAAAAUAAAAGGGAGAGACUGAUCAGCUUUAGCGGUGCUGUGUAGCUGUGUGAGUGUGCGUAUGCGUGAUGUUAUUAACACACAUUUUUUGCUCUCUUGAGUGUGUGUGUGUUUUUGUGUCUUUGGCACUCACACACACACACAUGCAGCAUUCCUGUUUUCUGCUUUGACUCUUCAUGUAAAAACUUUCAGUGUUGUUUAAAAGAAUUUUUAAAUAGUUAACUUAUUUGGUGUUGUUAUCAUUAGUGUUAGCAUGUGGCUGAUCACAGACAUGAGUUUGGUUAUCGAUCAUGUGCUUAUAUCCUCUUUGACAUGUAAAGGUAAAAUCUACCUGGUUUAAUAAAAGCGGAUUAAAAUAAAAAAUGAAAUGUG